CGUAACCACUUGUGUGUCGACCGGCAAUGGGGACUCUCGGUCCUAUCUAGUCCCCUUCAGUAGACGUUACAGCUCCGGCAUGCUCGAGAGUCUAUCAUGGCUGUUGCAGCCAGUGUGAGCGCGCUAACGGACGAGCUAAUCACCGCCGUUGCGAAGCCCGACCGAAAGGACACCCCGCAUUUUAGGAAUUUAAGGCGUCGGGUUGAAGACACGUUCAAGUCGCAUGCUUAUGCGCGUACGGACCAAUUCGCCGUCGCGAACCAGCUCGAAGGACUGCAGGAGAAAUUCCAAGUCCUUUGUAGGGAUGAAUUGGCAGACGCUUUGCGCAUCCGGCUGACAGAGCUACAUGAGCACCAGAGCUCAUGGUUCCCGGAAAUCUUAUCCCUGCUGUUGCAGUUGGCAGAUCGCCCUGCUCAGCAGUCCAAGGUAGAAUGGGUGACGGCAGUCAAGCCUAGCGAGGAGGCCAAACCCCUCAUCUGGACCGAGCUGGACGCUGUUGGAUCAGCGUACUGUGACGAGGAUAUCUGGGAGAAUGUAGAUUUCGGUGCUGAUUCGUCGGAUGAGGACAUUGUAUCGGUGUCCACUGACAGCUACCAUGCACGGAACCAACCAGAAGCAUCUAUAGAUACAGACGAGGAUUAUAUGAUUCCGGACGAAGUCUUUACAUCUGGAGAGAACGAUGAGCUUAUUGACUCGAUCGCCAAAGCCCAAUUCUGGAACGAUGGAGAGAGCUCGGUCACAGACCAGGGCAAACCCGCUUCGAGGGUCAUUACAGAGCUUCAGGUAGUCAGGGAGACAAUAUUCUUGUUGCAAGGGCUUCCUACGUCUCUGUUCUGGCGACUUGACGGUAGUGUGGAAAUAGACCGGAGAUAUACCAUUACAAACCUGUCGAAUGAGACAUUUCUGUCACUACUGCGAUCAUUAAGUUUGACAGGAGCUAAGCUGGACGUUCUUAGGCAGUUUUGCAGCGUGCCACAAAAGAUUCCAUAUAUGCAGACAUUUCACCGAGGGGUAGAGGACUUCCUGAGCAAGUUUGACACGUUUCUGUCGAAUGUGCAGCUUCAAUAUCUCUCUCGGGUGUCCACCGUGUCUAUCAGUCUUCUACAGUUGUCUGAAGACGUUCGUCGCGAGUCCAGAUUGCUUUUAAUGCUCUCUGACCUCGUGUCCAGCCUGACACCUAACGGAUUGAAUUCUGCUGUGCGGUGCCUCGACUUGCUGUAUGAUCUUGUGUGUCUGACACAGGCCACCGGGGAUGAUGAUGCCUUUGUGGCCCUUGCCGAACUAUUCUUCUCUUGUUUCGAAACCUACGCACGUCCAAUUCGUCUCUGGAUGGAGACAGGCCAAUUGGACUCUUCUGCAGGUGAAUUCUUCAUAUCCAAAGAUCAAAGCGACAGUGACCUACGGACGCUAUGGCAUGACUGGUACACUUUGGAUCAGACUUCAAGGCUUCUAAAUGCCCCGAAGUUUAUUCAAUCUAUCGCGCACAAGAUCUUCAUAACGGGCAAAAGCAUGGUGUUUCUGCGACAUUUGAACACAUCCGAGAAAGACGAAACUCCACGGAAGGUUUCCCUGACCUUUGAGGAAGUAUUACCGCCAGGCUCGGCUUCGUUCUGCCUCCCUUUCUCUGUCUUGCUUGAAUCUGCAUUUGGAAGACUGGUCGACGAUAACCAUUCCUACACAUCAGCUCUGUUGAGGAGAGAGCUGGACCAGCAAUGUGGCUUAUGGACAUCGAUCCAAGCACUCGAGCAUAUCUAUCUCAGCAAAGAUAUGAGCAUUUUCGGACCGAUUGACAGCAAGAUAUUCGACCUUAUCGACAAAGGAAAAGGUGCCUGGAGCGACCGAUUUCUUCUCACAGAGCUAGCCCAAAGUGCAUUUAGCCCUCUUCCUUUCAUCGACCCUUCUAGGCUUAUCGUCCGAACACCCAAGGAGGCGCUCAGCAAUGCAAAUAGCCGCAGCCGUUCAGUCAAGAUGCUGAAUGCCAUCUCAUUCGACUACAUCCUACCCUGGCCAGUCGCUAACAUUAUCACCAAAGACACUAUCCGAGGCUACCAGUGUAUCUCCACAUUUUUCAUGCAGAUCCGGAGAGCGAAGCAAACAAUCAUCAAGCAGCGUCUGCAACACAACACCCAAUACGACAAAAUCCAAGACUCAAGAAACAACACAUUGAGCUAUGCCCUCCGACACAACAUGCUCUGGUUCCUCAACACUCUAUACAGCCACAUGACCGAUUUCGUCGUCUCAACGGCAACCGAAUCCCUACGCAAAAGCCUGUCCGCUUCCGCCGACGUCGAUGCCAUGAUAGACGCACACCGCUCAUUUAUGCACUCACUCGAGGAACAAUGCCUCCUAUCUACAAACCUCCAUCCCCUCCACCAAGCCAUCAUCACCAUCCUCGACCUAUGCAUCUCCUUCGCAGAUGCCCAAACCGCCCGCUACGGCGACAAUCACCUCGACCACGCCCGAACUGCCAACAAAACCGCCAAAGUCCUACAUCGCAAGAACGCCCAAAGCUAUGACCUAGAUAACUAUGACCCAAGUGACGAGGAUGCCGACGACUCCGAUCUAGAUGAAAAUAACCUCGAUGCCUCUUUCCACGAAACACAUUACCUGCAACGGCUACGAGACAUUAAAGACCAAUUCGAUCGACUGGUCGCUUUCAUGGUCGCCGGUCUAAGAGGGGUAGGACGUGUCGACGGUCAACUCAGUUGGGAGAUCUUGGCUGAGAAAUUGGAAUGGAGGAAAGCAGGCGGCCAGUGACAGAAUCUUUUACUACGGUUAUUAUUAGGGGAUCUGGGAGGGGGGUUCGGAUAUGGUUAGGUUUGUGAUACCCGGAAAAUGGAAUUUCGUUUU